UGAAUUGAAAUCAGGCGUGGUAGUAAAGUUUUGAAAUAAUAUUUUGCCUCUAGUUUUUUCACUAUUGGUUUUUAAACAGCAGUAAUUUUAUUCCGGUACCGUUUUUGUCAUAGUUUGAAGCACUUCAAGUUGCGUAGUGAUAUCCUUAUCCAAUUGUGCUGCAACUUCAUCAUUGGUUACUGAAUGAUUUUCAUAAUUACGUUUAAGGUAUCAUAGAAUUUUGAUGCUAUCUGCUAUCUCAUACUGAAUGAAAUGUCUAACAAUCAAUUGCGCCAACAAGAAAUUCACGUUAUAACCGAGGGCCAAAUUGAUUCUCAUGGAAACCUUAUUGUCGUAUGUGAAAGUCCUCUUUGCACAAAUGAAGCUAAUAUGGUGCAUGAAAAUCAAGUUUGUCAAAAAGAGAAUAAAAAACGAGGGACUGUGCGGGAAAGAAGUAAUGUAUGUGAAUUAUGUGACAAAAGCUUUAGUACUGAAGAGAAAUUUCAAGAACAUUAUCUUAUUCACUCCGGUAUCAAACCACAUGUUUGCGAAAUUUGUUUGAAAGGUUUUGCCAACAAAAGUAACCUUCAACGACACAGAUUAACUCAUAGUGCAGAAAAACCAUUUACGUGUGAAGUUUGUAGCAAAGGUUUCGCUGAUAAGUAUACUUUUCAAAUGCAUAAAUCGAUCCAUUUUGGUGAAAAACACGUUUGCGACAUAUGUUACCGAGAGUUUACUCAAAAAUCAAAUUUAAAAAGGCACUAUACUAAUCACUCGGAAUACAGACCUCACGGCUGUGGAUUAUGUGGAAAGCGUUUUACGGAUAAAUACACUUUAGAGACUCAUCUAGCCAUUCAUACUGGAGAGAAAUACGUUUGUGAUGUUUGCUUUCAAGGUUUCACCCAGAAAUCUAAUUUGAAACGCCAUUAUAUGCUUCACUUUGCUGACAAACCUUUCACUUGUGAAGAAUGUGGGAAAAGUUACGCUGAUAACUAUACUUUCCAAGUUCAUAAAUCAAUUCAUUCUGGUCAAAGACACAUAUGUGAUAUAUGUUCAAGAGGUUUUACUCAAAAGAGUAAUCUCAAAAGACAUUAUACAACACACUUAAAAGAAAAGAAAUUUCAUUAUUGUCAUCACUGUCCAAAGAAGUUUAUUAGAGAAGAAAAAUUACAGAAGCAUGAACUAACACAUAGAUUAUGAAUUUCUUUUCUUUUUUGAUUUGCAUGCCAUAUUUUUGAAAAAUAUAACUAAUGUUUGUCCUCACAAAAAGAUUUUUGAUUUAUUUUCUUUAUUACUUUGGAUGUUAAACGUAAUUCACACUCUAGCUAUAAUUGAAAAUUUUGCUACUGUCAGCAGAAAAGAAUGAUUGAACUGCUGUAUUUAUAAUUGAAUAAUUUAUUAUCAAAUUUUUGUAAAACUAUCUGUGUUACCAAUCAUAGU